AUGAAUAAAGACAAGAGAGAGAUUGAAUAUCCAGCAGAAUUGGAAUCACAAUUCAUUCUAAGACUACCGGAAGAACCAACAAAAGUAUUGAAAGAUGUUCUGAAAACUGGUGAGAAUCUUAAAAAUCGCCUCACAAUACAAAUCGAUAAUGAUAUGAGGCAUGGAGAAGUGCGCCUUGACCAUUGGUUGAUGCACGCGAAAAUUGUUGAUAUUCCCACCAUCAUUGAAUCGCUAAAAACCAUUGAUAACAAAAGCUUCUACAAAACGGCUGAUAUCUGUCAAAUGAUGAUAUGCAAGACAGAACCAGACCAGCCUGCUGAUGAAGAGGCACCGACGAAAAACAAAAAGAAAGAUCCCUAUAAAGUUGAGAAAAAAUUCCUAUGGCCACAUGGUGUCACUCCACCCACAAAAAACGUUAGGAAGCGACGUUUCCGUAAAACACUGAAAAAAAAGUGCGUGGAGGGCCCAGAAAUUGAAAAAGAAGUCAAACGAUUACUUAGAGCCGACAAUGAGGCAGUGAAUAUAACUUGGGAAGUGAUAAAGGAUGAUGACGAACAUAUCAAACCUGAAUCUAGUAGGUCCAAUGUUAAACAGGAGCGAAAGCCAAAGGAACGCACUAAGAAGGAAAUCAAAAAGGAAGCAAACACAAAGCCAACUUCAAAUGUAGUUGAUAUCUUUGGUGGUGCUUUGAGUGACAGCGAUAUUGAGGAUGAAAAUGUUAAUGUAGAUGUCGACGACAGCCAUAUGUCGUAUGACACAAGGCUAUCAGACAACAGUGUAAUGCUUGGUCUAGAUACAAAGAAGAGAACGCUUCCUAUAGAAUUUCAAUCUGAAAUGUUCCAGGCAGCCCCUGUAGCUCAUGCAUCAUCAAGUAUGGUAGACAAUAAACCAGAACAAUAUUCGGAUGAGGAAGAUUUUGCAUCUCAUGAUGAGUCUAAGGAAAAUAUGUCUGUUAGAAUUGAACAACUUGGGGCAGAGUUGGAAGAAAUGAAACAAAGAAGAGUAAGAACUCAGAAUGAAAUUGCCAGCAUGGAGAAUUUGGCAUUACGUCAGAGAUUCCAAGAUACUCUACACACAUUGAACCAAGACAUUAUGUUCAAAGAAAUGGAGUAUCAAGGGCUAAUUACACUUCAAAAUUCUGAUGAUAUAUAG